GGUCAAGCGCGAGAGUAAGAACUACUCAAGGAAUCAGUACCUUAGCAAAAUCUUGCUAUCAGGUUGAGCUGUGAUGGGCGAUGAAGUGUUGUUGCUGAGUGGAGUUUUUGUCGAACUUAAAGUAGGCUCAGAAAGGAUACAUGUCUUCAUACAUGUAUCUCAGUUAUGCAUUCCGCUGUAAACACUGAUUAUUUCAGUUACGCCUUCCGUUGCAAACUCUGAUAAUGUUUUAGCCAAGCCCCUAACGAUGCCUUUUUCCUUUUAAGGAAUAUAACGCGAAUACAAGUUCUUUGAGUACCCUUUUUAUGCGAACUAUGCCUUUUUCCUUUUUAAGGAAUAUUACACGCGUAUUCAAGCUCUUUGAGUAUUCUUUUAUGCAUCCCUUUCUAAACCCGCUUCUUAAUUUCCCUUCCCCAGUCAUGGUUUUCCCGGAUUAAUUAUCCUUAAUUAAGGCCGGUCGUGACAGAGUGGUAUCAGAGCAGUUCGUUUGCUCUGAGCCUAAGAGUUUAUUUAAGCCAAACUUAGAAUGGAUCACUAAAGUGUCUAGAGUUCAAUCGACAAAGCUCAGCACUUCAUCGUAUCACACUCAACGAAGCAGAAUGGUAUGCUCUUCCAAGUUUUGAGUUAAUGUUUACAAAAAGUGAAAAUUAUCGUAAUAGCAAAAAUGCCGCCUAAGAGAGGACGCCCUGCGAAAAACAAUAACAAUCGCAGAAACCGUAACGCUGUACCCGAAGAACCACAAGAUGCUCGAGGACAUAACCCAUCCCCUCCGCCUCCGACUAGGAGAGUCGAAGAACUCUUUUUAAGGCAAAAUCCACCUACGUUUGACGGAACGAGUGAACCGGCUGAAGCUGAGAUUUGGGUGCGUGCAAUGGAACGCAUUUUCAACUUUCUACGUUGUACUGAUGAGGAGCGCCUAUCUUGCGUCUCUUUCCAACUAACAGGAUCAGCUGACUUCUGGUGGGAAGCACGUCGAAAAAUUCUGACACCUGAACAAUGGGCAAGUUAUACUUGGGAAGAUUUUAAGACGGGAUUAUAUGAUAAAUAUAUUCCGAAAAGCUAUAGGAAGAAGAAAGAAGCUGAGUUCUACGAGUUGAAGCAAGGAAAUAAAUCUGUGGUUGAAUACGACAAGGAAUUCUGCAACCUGUCUAGGUUUGCUCCGCAACAAGUGGACACAGAUGAGAAGAUGGCAGAGAAAUUUUGUGCCGGUCUACGGUACGAAAUUAGGAUGGUUCUAGCAAGCCACGGAGGACUCUCAUACACGGAGUCUCUGAACAGGGCACUUGACAUUGAAGCUGCAAUGCCGUCAGACAAGUCAGCCCCACCAUUGAUCUCAACGCCAAACGAUCCACCAGGAGCCUCACAUACUCUCAAAGGGAAGCACAAGUGGGACAACAACGAAGACAAUAUCAAUCAGACCAGUAAGAAAGUGUGGCAAGAAAAGGAACGGGCCGAACAGUUUAUUCAACCAAGGUACGAGGCACAAACUAAUCUCGAGCCAACUGGAGGUAACCAAGGUCAGAAAGGAAUUUCACCUUGCCCAAAUUGCGGUAAGAUGCAUAGGGGUAUCUGUCGGGCUGGAACUAACGGUUGUUACAAUUGUGGCCAAAAAGGUCACUACUCCACGCAAUGCCCCAACAGACAACGAGGUUCAGCAAUUGGGAACACCCACACCCCCUUGCCAGCAAUACGUGGACACUUGCGAAAUCAGCCUCAAUCACAUCAGUGAAAAUCUUAUGGAAACACCGCAGACAAGAGAAGUUACGCGGGAACUUGAAGACAAGAUGAAGGAAAAAUACCCCGAACUGUUUUAGCAGAGAUAUGCAAAUUUCGGGACGAAAUUUUUGUUAAGAGGGGUAGUAUGUAGUAGCCCGCUCUUUUAUUUAUGAUUAAAACUAGUAAAUGCAAAUUUUUAUAAAUGAAUCCAGUUUAUGGUCCUGAUUUUUUUUU